UUUCAGUGUUGGUCCACAGACUGCAUUGACACCAUGACUCGCCUGCUGCUCCGCACCAUGCUGCUGGGGAACCUGGCCUUCUGUGUCACAGCUCAAGAAAUGCUGACUCCACCUGGCCAGGUGAAGUUUACGUCUAUAAACUACAGAAACGUCCUGCACUGGGUGGCUCCCACCAACAGCACCUCCCUGCAUUAUAACGUCCAGUAUAAGAUCUAUGGUGAGAUGGACUGGCUGAAAGUCAGCAGCUGUCAGGGGAUCCGGAGGCACAAGUGUGACCUCAGCAACGUCACCUCCGAUACCACAGAGUGGUACUACGCUCGGGUCCAAGCCACAUCCGUAGCCUCCAGCAGCAAAUCGGCCUGGGCCUUGUCCCCCAGAUUCAGCCCCCGCUGGGACACCAAAAUCAGUCCUCCUGAUGUGAAGAUCAACUCCUCCAAACAAGGCAUCGUCAUCCAAGUGAAGGCCGCCCGGUUGUUGGUCCGCAAGAUGCACAGCAGUGUGGAAUACAAAGUCUACGUCCUCCACAAUGGAAAGGAGGACAUGUACGAUAUCACCUGCUGCUCCCACAAGCUGACUCUGACAAAACUGAAUCCCAAAACACAGUACUGUGUCCAGGCAGAGACAGUCAUCUUCCGCCACAUGAAGAGCAGCGAUCGCAGCUCUGCAAAGUGCAUCACGACGCCCUGAAUACUCAAGUAAAUCAGGAGCAGCAGACGCUGGUUGAUUGGAGUCAAUCUCGUCACCAUGGCUUCAAUACUCACCUCUACCUCCACGGCUGCAGCCACAGGUGUCUGAACUCCUUAAAGUGAUGCACUUUAUUAAAUCUUCCAUGGAGCAUUUUGUUUAAAGUCUGUCACUCAGCUUGGGUCUUAGUUUGAGGCAUUUUGAUUAUUUCUAUUAAAAUAUUUAUACACAGUUUUUUUUUUUGCCAGUACAUUUAGAAGGAGCUUUUUUUUUACAUUAGCGUAACUAAUUAUUCAUGAACCAACGCAUUGUAUUUAUCAGCCUGUUCUGCAUCCAAACCGUCGCUGAGCAUGCAUGAAUGUUUCUCAUUUUUUAACGACUUUUCACAAAAUAAAAACCUACCAGAGCUUCUGUUUGAGGAUAAAAACAUCACAUUGUGAUGCUUUGGGCCUCACGUUCAUCAUACAUGUGUCACCGUACCAAUAAAACGAUUCAUUUCCUCUUUUUAAUGUUAUCUUUUCUGUGUUUUGAGUUUUUGUGAUACUGAAAGGUCAACGCUCCCUUGCAGAAGUAUUUGGUAUCUCUAUAAUGUUACUGACAUAAAAAAGUGCAUAACUGUAAAAUAAA